AUGCGUCUUGAAAUCGGUAUCAUCGCGCUCGUUGAGGAAGUGUUAGGGGUUCCUGCUGAACGACGCGCCCAAUUCGAUUGGCUGAUUAACAAACCGUCCCCAGCCCAUUUCGGUGAAUACUAUCCGAGAAUUGUUGACCUCUUUGAGAAAAUGGACGGUGAUUGGGAUGGCUUAUCCACAAAAGCAGACGGAUACUUAACUCCCGAUGCCUAUUUCCCCGCACCCUACAAUUUUAUCUUUGAAUUUGACGAAUUACAACACUUUACCGCGUUUCGUCAGGCAACUUUGGGUUUUUAUUCGGAAGACUUGGCUCUGGGUUUUGAUCGCCACGCGUAUCUCCAACUGUGCCUCAAACAUCAAGAGAUGGCGAUUCAGAAAGGCGGAACAAUUACCGGCGUUGGACGACGCCUCAAAGAGCACAAUCCAGAUAUUCAAGUUUGCGGUAUUGUUCCCGAUGAAUUUCCGGGUAUUGAGGGACUCAAGCCGAUGGGGAGACCCGAAGACAUCGUCCCGGAGAUUCUCGACGAGAGUAUCAUUGACAAAAAGAUCCCUGCUACCAUCGAUCAUGCGUAUGACAUGUGCAGCCGUCUAGCAAAGCGAGGAUGGUUUGUUGGUCAAUCUUCCGGAGGAUACCUGCAAGGCGCUUAUGAAGUCGCCAAAGAAAUUAAAGAAGGGAUUAUCGUCACAGUCUUCAACGAUCUCGGGGAGCGAUACUUCAGCACACGACUGUGGGAUUAG